UGAACAGAAGAAGUUGAUUCUCCAGAUAUUACCUGUAAAUCAUUAAUAUCCAAUAGGACAUCUUCAUUACAGUGUGUGCUUUAGAUAAGAAGACUAUAUAUGCAUUUUUCUGUGAGAUACAAGAGAAUUACUGUGGGCAGAAUACUGGUCAUGUGCGUAUCUCUUUAGUAAAAAAACAUUCAUUUAAAAAGAGCUUAAGAAUUAAGAUGUUGUUCUGGUGAAUUUGUGAACCCAUACCUUGCUACUGCCUUUGGCAACUGUGUUAGAUUAAUUUAUGACUGCAGGUGGAAUGUUUUCAGACACAAAUAUGCACUGUUGUGAUCACAUGCUACCAGGGCAGAAGGAAAUAAUAAUUUCACUUUAUGCAUUCAAAUCAUACCGUCUUGUAAAAAUAUGUUAUCUAAAAUUUAACAAAAAAGAAACACUGGAAAGUUAGAUACUCUGAAGUAGCAACAUGGAUUUUACAAAACACCUGAGCUGUGGUGAUAUUUCACCUGUUAGCAUCCCAUUGCUGGAGUGAUGCUUGGGGAGACCAGAGCAAGGAUACAGCAGAGCUGUUAAAGCUGCUGCUCAGGUUUCUUAGUUUCUCAUUAGAAGAUGAGCUAUGCUUUCAAAUAUCUAUGCCAAACCUGGUAGCAGCAGCCAAGUGUCACAAUUCUCUAGCUGACUAAGAAAAAAUGUCAGACACCUGAUUCUCAAUGAAAUGGAGCAAUUUUAUUGCUAAGGGGUGGAUUUUAUAUGAUGCUGCUUAAGAAUGCUAUCAUACAGUAUCAGUGACUGGUACCUGACAUGCUGGUUUUCAUUCCUGUGAAUCCCUUUGGUUAUAAAAUAGGAUUUUUCUGCUAACUAGAAAGUGCAUCACAGAACUGUUCAAGGGCCUGCUCUCCUCGUGACCCCAAAGCAUGCCAGUGGGAGGUAUUCGGCACAGUGGGUGUUCUCAUUACCACUUGACAUUUUGCUGUUUGGUUUUCUUCCUGUUGCUAUUUAAUGAUUUCAAUUCUUUCUUUGCCAGUCCCAGAAGCCAUUUAGCAAGCGAUGUACUAUUGGUGCUACUUAACAAUGUUAACAGAGUCUCUAGGAAAGGAGUUUCAUUUCCAAACAGUGUUUCAUUUCCAAACAGCCUUACCCCUCACCAUCUGCUCCUGUCCUGUCCCUCCCUGUCUGUUUCCCAGUUAACCCUUUUCCCUGGCCUCCUCAUCCAGUGCUCUUGGGGAGGGUGGCAGCCUUGCCUGAACUAUAAAUACCCUCUUAGGCUAAACAGACUGCAGGUCACUGUAAUGGCUGUGACAUGGGUGAAGGUUUUGGAUGAUGUAAACUGGCAUAUUUGCUUUGCAGAGGCACAGGCAGAAAAAUAGAGCAGUCACAGAGAGCAUUGCAGGUUUCUGUCCUUAGUCUACUGUUAAUCACAAGCACUUCACAACUCCCAUUAGUGUCAGGUCUGGACGUCUCAAAUAAGUAAAAUCUCCAAUAAGACUGCAGAGGGAAGAUACUGUACCUUAUGGGAGAAUGAAGACAUCAGGACUGGGGAUGAGAUUCAUUUCACUGAAUUUAAUCUACCAAAAAGACAGAUUGCCAUUGAUACUAAUCAUCCCUUUCUCCCGUGGAGAGAUGGCAUAUCUCCCAAGGAUGAUUUACAUGACUCUAAUCACUGAGCAACCCUGACUGUUAAGUGGCACCAAGAGGCCAGAUUGAGAAGGAUGCUCAGCUUCAGAUGAGCUCAGAUAGACUCUGGACAAGUUCAUGGUAGCAAAAUUCUUUGCAAGUUAUUGAAUCCAUAGCAAUAGUGUCUGGCUAAUGAACUUCCUAAGCUGAAAACAGUCAAAGGCUGUGAGUUAUUAAGGGGUAGUAUCAGACAUGUUUCUCCUGUUGUGCAGUUACUCUCCUAAGCAUCUAUUUAUGGCCACUGUUGGAGCUAACACCCGAGGGAGAUGGACUUUCUCUCGGACACCAUAUGGCCAUUCCUCAUGUGAGGCUGCUGGAGCAGUGAGAAGGGGGAAUGCACAUUUAGCAAGAGAUGAUUUUUGCAAAUGGGAAAUUGGCAGGAAGGUUUAUUUCCAGAUCUGUGGUGAAGUGCUACUGACCUACAAACAAAAAAACUGGAAGUCAGUCUUACAGAAAGAGCCUGUGCCAGGUGCUGAAUGUCAGUGCUUUGCACCAGGUCACCUUAAGCCUUUCAGAGAUUCAGAUGAGCUGUUUCACCAUGUGCUCCCUUCAGAUGGUGCAGACAGCUUGUUUGAGCCUUAGACAGUACAAGGAGAUUCAGAUUUGACAUAAUUUACAGCGUGCUGGGUAGCUGUGCUGCUACACGGAUGCUCCCUGCCUUUGUGACAGCAGCAGGGGAACUAAGAGGGUGGAAGCUUGUCAUUUCAAAUAACUCAUUGAGAGCACAGAAUGUGUGGCCCAAAACCCAGGUAUCAGUCAGAUAGCACCAGAACAGUGCUUAUGUCCUCCCACCGUACUGGGCACACGCACAUGUCAUGUACCUCUAUACUUGGGAUUAUUCAGCUUCCUGUUAUGGGAGGAGCCUUUAUGGACUCACCCAACGAGGACUUUAGUACAGAGUACUCCCUGUUUAACUCAUCAGCCAACGUCCAUGCAGCUUCUUCCAUGCAGAAUCCACCAGAAGAGACAUCCCGUUCUUCAAAUGAUGCCAUAUUGUUAUGGAUUGCAAUAAUAGCAACAAUUGGAAAUAUUGUGGUUGUGGGAGUGGUGUAUGCCUUCACCUUCUAGGAUGACUGUCACUACAAACACUGGAAGAAAGGAAAUCUUCAACAGUAUUUGUCAUGUGUAUGUAUGUAUGUAUGUGUGUAUAUAUACAUGUAUAUCUAUAUAAAUACAUAUAACUAGAGACUUUGUUGAUUAAGUGCUGCCACAGUCAUGGAAAUGAAAUGCAAGUUAAUCAUCUUAAGUCUUGAUGGCAGAAAGAAGUUUGGAUGCAAAUUGCGUGGAGGUGAGAGCUUUAUUUGAGAACUGAGCCAAUACCAGUUUUGUAUAGAAAUGUAAUAAAAGAGAGAUCAACUUGGUAGUAAAUACAGAGAGAUAUUUAUAUAGAAAGUGCUUAUUUUUUACUGUAGAUUUUUCUAGCAGCUCUUCUGCAGUUUGUCAGCUUUUUUUUCUUUUUGGUGCAUUUUUUACUGUGGUAUAAUGUUAUAUGGAAUUGUUCCAGGUCAUGUUUUCUAGACGUCUUAAUUUCCUUGGUGGACCAAGUGGUUGGCAUUGGCUCGGUUCUGAUGAAGUCCAAGUUCAUCGUGUGUGGGUCUUCAGCAUGGCUGUAGACUCCUGGGCUGUAUUCAAAAUCAUCAGUCUCACAGCCAUGACAGGCAGAUGCAGGCUGUCUAUUACUUGCCUUCCAGUUUCAGCAACUGGACCUGGUAAUCAAUAAAUUUAUGCUGAGCCUGCCUGCUGCUUAGGAGGAGGCACAGCUAUUGCUGCUCUGCAGACUCUCUGAAUUUCAGAGGAGAAAAUGAUAAACAGAGUAGCAGCACAAGUUCCCAUUUCUGUCUAGAGGUACUGGAUUGCAGUGGUUUAUAUAUGCAUUCCUUCCAGGAAACAAAAUUCUAAUACCACACUUCUCAUCUCAUUGGACUGCAAUCCAGAUUUCUUACAGCAACUGUGUGCUUUCAUGAGGUUAUUAAUGUACUGAAUGAUGGAAAAAUUGUAUAGCCUAAGUAAUAGUGAAUACGUCUAUGAGAAAGAUAAAUUUGAAAUAAAGGCUGGUCACUUCUGUGCUUAUGCAGGGGUGAAUUCAAGAGUCAGGUAUGUCCUGCGGUAGAAACAACACAAGAAAAGUAAUAAGUGUCAGAUGUGCAAGUGCUUGUAUCUCAGUAUUAAUAUAUCUCUGGGUUCUGGUGAAUGUCUUGGAAGAGAUUUUUUUUUAUAGCUGGCUUUAGGAAAUGACUCUGAUUAUCCUUUGGAUUUGUUCCACUGCAAGGCAACAUUUUUACUGCAUUUUUUCCACGGGCAGUUCAUUUUCAGGAGCUGUAUCUUUUCAAGACAAGCUGUAACCUUCCUUGCUUGAGAGAUUGUAAAAUCUUGAAAGAAAAAAAAAAAAACACGGCUCUUGGAAAUCUUCUUUCACCCCCGUAAAAAUUAAGCAACAGUACAUAAAAUGUAUGCACUUUGAGAGCAGCAGACAAAUUCUUCUUCUAUGUCUGCAUGUACUGUCUAGGUUUUCUGUCUCAUAUAGCUAACACCCAAUUCCAGAAAGCCUUGUCUGCAGGAACAGAGACUAUUUUUGACACUUGCCUGCUACUGAGCUUGAGGCUGGGCUAUGAGCUGCUGAAUGUAUAGAGAGGUUUGGAUUUUCCACUUUUCUCUUUAAACCCAUUUUCCUGCAGGGCUGGUGGACGGUUACUUGAAUCAAAGCAGCAUGCCCCAAAUCAGUAUUUAUAACCACUCAGCAGUCAUUGUGUAUAUUUUUUCCCUCUCUGUGAACUGUCCUUUAAAGCUAGGAAAGAUGCAAACAGAGCUAGCAGUGGGGAGAAAAUGAAUUAGGUUAUUUUGAGGCUGAUAAAAACAAAUAUGAGCUUCUGUGUAUGUUGUUAUUUCCCUAUUUGGAGGCAGGAUUUUGUGAAGAUGGUUGAGGACAGACAGGACCUAUACUGGGAAAAAGUUUGAGAAAUCCAGUUCUGGAAGAUCAGAGGGAAAGAAAACAAAUACUGUCCAAUAAAAUAACUGUAGUCUUAAGGAUGGUAGAAAAAUGAUGAUUUGCAUUUCCUAAAAUAGCUAUUAAUUCCUUCAUAGCCACAGGACAACAAAAAAGCAGAGGAGCUGCAUAAAUUAUCUACCUUGUUUGUUUUUGCAUCCCUCCUUAUUCUUGCUGAGCAGAAAGGAAGCUGUUGAAAAGCUGCAGAGAAAUUUCCAAUGAAGAAUUGAGCAGGACAAGGUCUGGUGUGUAAACAUGUAGGAUCUGUGAAAAUGUUGCUUAAUGUAAUGUACUGUCCCCAACCAUUUUCUGAUAUUCUGUUGCCUUUGUAAUUGUAUCAGUUACUCAUGGACUUGUCUCCAUUGUUCCUGCAGGCUGUCUAGUUAGGUCAGAUCCUGCAAGCAUUUUGGCAUAAAGAGCAAAACAUUUCCACCAUGACUAAAACCAGUUUGACACGAUGGUACUUGCCCAGUGGGAUUAUUCUGCUGCCUAAUGAAUUUGCCAGUGGAGUGCUUUGCUUAAAUUUCCUAGAAUAUUAAUCUUAGUGCAAUUAGCAAUGUUUGCAUCUCUCUCCCAGAGCACUGGACUAAACUCUUCAACCAUGAAGAAAAGCAUUAGAGUGGGAACAGCAAAAAGACCCACUAUUCUUCUAGUGAAACCAAGUGACACUUUUGUGUUGCUUUUCCCAAAGAAAAUGCCCUACUUUCAUGUGAAACUGAUAGUAAUAGCAGGAGUGUUGGAAAACAAUGAGUUCCGCCUCCUGCAUCCGGAUCAUCAUCAUACAUAUUUUCAUUGUUAGAGGCUGUGUUGUCAAGAAGGGCCAGACAAAACUUUAAUUUAAGUAAUUGGCUUGACAGGGUGACAUGGCAAGCUGGGUGCAAGCAGCAAGUGCAGGCAUUUCCUGCCUCAUAGUUAACUGCACAAUAACUGUACAGCUUCUCUGUUGGGAGGAAAAGUUAGUUCUAGGAUGCAGGUACAAGGAUACUGCGCGUGAGUCUGGAAUAUUGUCAGGGGUAUUGAAGAUCCCUAAAUUGCAGUGGCCAGAGCUGGUUCAAGCUCUGCUCUACUUAGAUAGUGACAAUAUGCACACUUUAUUUCUGGAUGUUGUGUUCUGGCUUCAUCCACUACAACCUUUUCUCUCUUCUGGGAGGUUGGUGAAGGUUUAAAUUAAACCAUUGAAAAAGGGGACUAAUUCGUCAUUAAGUUCAGAGAAGGUGCAGAGGGGAAUGGAGCAGUGGCUGAGUGGGGGAUGUUUCACAGGUAUGGUCCUGUGAAAUAUGUUGCCUCUUGAACUCUCAGCACAGCUUGACUUGGAGCACUCUAGUUUCUCUGUUCCUUGGAGCCAGGCAGCUGGAUAAUUGAUGUCACUCACUGAGGAGUGAUGAGGAAGCCAAGCCCAAACACAUUCCCCAGAGCUGUUUUCUGAAGCCUUUCUUUAAAGAACAUGGUUCUGUUUUUUGCUGAGCACUUUGUGUAUGAGCCUGAGAAAAGGAUUUCACUUGAUCAGUGCUUCAAUUAAAAAUGUCUAGCACAGAUAGCAGUUAGAAAAUCUUGACUGCAGUUCAUUCUGUGGGAGAUGAAGCAAACCACUUUCUAUAUGCUCUACCUAUAGAGGUGUUUUAACUUCAGCUCUGUUGUGCAACCUCAUCAUAUGAACACAUGAAGCAACUUUGCCCUGCAAAGUUAUCAAUGAGCCAAGAGAGACAAACUAGGGUGCCCUAAUAAUUCCCUUUUAGCCAUGGCCUCGAGGGAUCUAUGGCAACAUACCAAAUCAUCAAACUCCCUGUAAAGAAUUUUUUUUUUUUAUCAAAGUAGCCAGCUGCUCGACACAGCAGCUGUGCAGGCACUACAGCAAAAAGACUAAAGGCUGAACAAUUAUUCAGGUGGGUGCAAUGGUACAUUCGAAAGGCGAACUGAGUGGGCAAACCCACUAGAGCUAUUCCUGUCAUAUUUUUAUCUGCAAGUAGGAGUCGGUGUUUGCCCACAGCAUUAACAACCUGUAUUUCUGUGUCAGCACACUUGCAAAGCUGAAAAACCGAUUUUGAAAUGGAUGCAACAAUAGUAGCAGGGAGAUUCAUCUGCUAAAUAAUGUAUUUAGCCUUUUCAGUGGGCAGAUGAGGUCAUAGAUAUCUCAGAAGUAAUGAAAUCCCUGCUCCAAAACCCUCACUUGCAAUAGGACUUGAGGGCAGUCAGCAUCCCACCCAGCUGCUGAGCAGACUGUAAUAAUCAGCCCCAAAUCAAGAGUGAAUAGAAGCAUCCAGCCAUUAUUGUCUUGCCAUGUACACCCAUUUGAACAUUAAAAGAAAAUACACCUUUGUGUCUGGGACCAAAUGAAAACAGGAGCCUCUAGUCUAUGGGUUGUUAUGUAUUUUGUCUAUUAUUAAAAGCUUUCAUUUUGCUAUACUCAAGCAAUUCCGGUUGUUAAUAUCCUUUUCACAUUUCUCUGCAGGCUGCUGAGAGUUAUUAAUUUCGUGUAGCACUGUCCAUUUAUCCAAGGUAAUUUGACUGAGUUUCCUGUGGCUAAUCACAGAGUUGAAUCUGGAAAUUUGCUCUUUCUACGGUGAUUUCCAUUUGAGGUAAAUGGACUAAAGAUCAGAAUCCCAGAUCAAAAUACAUCUGUGCCUUUGGAACAUUUGGAGCUCUGGAGAAUUGGAUUUCAUGAGAUUAAUGCGCAGGAAGGAAGGGACAGUGAGGUCCCUGGUGAUAAUGUCAGCCAUGAGGGUUCUGAGGCAGAGCUGAGUGGUUUAUUAACUGCUGCUGUGUCCUCUGAGCCCUGCCGGCUUCCUGCACACACAGCCAGGGCUGAGUGGAAGCUAAACCACCAGGUACAGCACGUCCCUCCUCCCCUCCCAGCCUGCUAAUCCUCAGGGAAACAAGCACAUUGGUUCUAUUCACAGAAGAGCCAGAGAUCAAUAUUGUUAACUGUGUUGUUCCUGGUACAUUGUCAGUCACCAUAAGGCCGAGAUAGGGGUGGUGUAACAUGCAUUUAGACCUUUACCCCUUGUCUGAGAAUGUCCUAAAGCAGUGAAGGCAUCCUGAGCCUUGUCUCAUACUGCCCUUAACUCACACUAACUUUUUGUGUUUCCUCAUAUAACCCAUCUUUGCCCUUUACCUCAUCUUCUCAGCCCAAAACAGGGAAAAUGAAGUCACCACUAUGCUCUUCUCUGGACAUGUAGGGAACUCCUAAAUGCUGUGGACCAGCCAUAUCCCAUUUUAGUUUGUGGUUCUUCAGGCACAAAGUGUACAAUUACCUACAUAAGCAAUUCCAGGUAAAUACUUGCCUUUGCAGAACAAAAAUGCAUGACAAUUUUAUCUCGUUCUGGCCUGUCCUAGAACAUUUACACUGAAACAACAUGGCCAGAGCUACUUUUGCUGUUUUGGAAAUUACACCAACACAACCAUGAAGUGGAAAAGAAAACCUUGAUAAGACAAACAUGUCACAAUCAUCUCAAGCACGUCUCUGAAGGCAGAUUUUCCUGAGUGACAUAGGCAGACUUGAGCUGUUGGUAGCAAGGCAAGUGCCCUUUUGUGUGACACAAAUAGUCUCCCCCUCUUUGGCAAUUCUUGGGAGCAUUGUGCCACCCAUUCUGUCUUUCCCAGGCUACUAUUUUCAGUUGUAGAAAAUACUCUAAAACAUUCCUGUGUUGGUAGAAUACAUGUAGGAUUUACCUCCCAAAGCUCUGCUUCAUCUUCUUUUUUUUGCAAAAGCAAAAACAGCCCUAUUUUCUUAAGCAUGGAACAUUAAUGAGUCAAUGCAUCUGUACAGUAGCAUUGUCUCAUUUUAAUCCUCAUUUUUUUGCCAGUAAGUCUCAAAGGAGAUCUUACUAUUAUCCAGACUUUAAAGAUGCUGAGAAAAGAAACAAGCAAGAGAAUCACAGGAUGUCUCCAACGUCACUGCCCAGCAUCACUCCUUUAGGAUCUAUCAUUCCUCAUUCCUCCCCAUAUUAUCCUUGAACUCAAAACCAUCUCUUUAAACUCACUGUCACCAUCACAUAGUCUCUAUGCCUUCAUUCUAUUUCCCCCCUUGUCUUUGUUGUAUUCUUUUCAUUCCUUGCUAUCAGAGCAUAUGAGCAUUUGGAAGCCAGCAGUGUUCUUCAGCCCUUUUUAGCCAGCUCUUUGGCUGACCUCUGAGAGUAAGGUUAGGGGUCAGAAAGGCCAUUGCACAGUGAGGGCAAAGAACAGUGACACAAGGCCUCUUCUCAGGAGAAAAUCUUAAUCAUUGUCUGCCUUAGUGAACCACAAAGUGUUUCCCCUAAGCAGAAGAGCAAGAUGUGGCUGUGAAGCUUAGUAACUGUGUUGUCAGUAUCCAUGCAAUGCAAAAUUACCUUUCAAAAAUUCAGACUUUAUGGACAUACUGCACUGUUCUGCAGCCAGCACUUACUGAGCUUUUCCCAACCCAAAGACCUUUGUUUUUUUAGCAGAUCAGAAUCAGUGGUAAUGUUCUUAGGGUAAGGUGAGGGCAGUGGGAGUGGGCCCUAGGAGAACAGAAAAGCUCCAUGUGAUUUACUGUAGGGUCAGGGCCAUUAAAGAGCAGCCUAUUCAGUAAAGAAAAACAACCACAAUGUGCUAAGCUAUUUCAAAUCUAAUCACACCUGCAGGUCUCAGACACACAGCCAAGCUGCUACAGCCAGAUUGAACAUUUAGAAAUGCCAUUGUACCCAAAGGAAAGCACAUUCUCCUGCCAGAACUGAGGGAGCCAUCCAGCCCUGUGUUCUGGGAGCUUCCUGAGCUGCAGCCAUUACAGUGAUAUCGCAUUUCUUGAGGAGUUCACUCCCACAAUGAACAAACAAGACUGAACUCUUUCAAGUCUAGGCCUAAAACCUGUCUCAGCUGCUGCCUUCGUCAGGAUGAUUGAAGUUCCUGAGCCUGCACGCUGCUCCAUACAGAGGGACCUUUGCCUCCACCUGGAGUCAACUGCAUUAAUAACACUUCUUCUGUACUUCUGACCUCUGCUUCACUGGAUCAGUUUGCAGGACUAGCCGUGUGUUGCUGUAUUUUAAAUGUAGAAAUGUCUGUAGUUUCCUAAUCAAAAGCAAGAAAGAAAGCAGAAUGCUGUAUUUUUUUAAAUGAGAAGGUAAUAAAUCGAGUCUGAAUAUUUUGAUAGAUAUACUGGAAGGGUAUAUAAUGUAGCAAACAGUUGCACUAUUUUUUCCUAGUAUGAGUACCCAAUCUGAGAAAUAUUUGUUCUUUCUCUAACUAAAUCCUCUUCCAGUUCUGAAGUUUGGAAGUUUAGAAGGAGUGGAGUACAAAGUCUCAGUGAAAUGUGAAGCUUAUGUAAAUAAAUCUGGUAGUUAGCUUUGUGAGGUAGCCUAUUAUGUUUCUUUUUCAGUUAUCUCAAAUACUGCCUAAUUAUUUGGGGCUUUUUUCUCCCAAAAAAAGCUAAAUAGUGACACUUCUGACAGCAUCUGUGCUUCACACAAAAUCACAGUCAAAUGGAAAUUAUAUUCUUCAGUUCAUGUAAAGCAGCUUUACAGGAGCCCUUUAGUAUGCACUGUUACUUUUUCUUAAUAAUCCUGAACAAUUUAAUCUCUUGUGCUUUCUCUCUGCUACCCUGUUUUGUACACUAUCAGGUUUGCAGGGAUUCUCUGUAUUGUUUUUGUAAUACAUGGGUUGGUUUCUAGAAAAAUCUUUACUGUUGCAAUCAUUGUUCUUGGAUCGUGGAGCUCUAUCUGUAAAGGCAAAACCAACUUUUAAGAUGCCCUCUGCUUUCUCCAAGUUUACUGUAAUUAGUAAGUUUAGUUAAGAGAAAUGUAUUCUUUUAAGCUCCUGUUAUGUUCUUUUCCAGUUAUUGACUGCUUUCACUGUAUGUGUACUUAGUACUGGUUCAAUCCUUUACUAUGGUGAAAAUGACAAGUUUUGUUAAUAUCAGAUGGAAAUUGUGGUUUUGGAUAAAGUUCUUCAAAUUUAUAA